CCACGUUGUGGCUGCUGUGAUUGGGACUGUCGUCCACGCUGUGGCAAGUUACGCUUGGAAGAGGUAGGGGGCUGGGCCUGGAUGUUUUGGGGAGUCUGCUGUUGAGCCCCACAGCGGCAGGCAGCGCGCGCAGGCGAGGGAGCAGCGCCUGGGCUCGGGAGCAGCGAUGCGUCUGUGCAGGUCCGCCUGGCGGCUGUGCUCGGCCGCCGGCCGCCUGCUGCCGGCGCGGCCGCUGCCGCCCCCGGCCCGCCGCCACCGCUCCGACAAGGAGCUCCACCUGCCGACGCCGGCCGGCCCGCUCGGCACCUGGGCCACGCUCAAGCCGCGACCUGAGGCGCACGUCGACCCAGACGCCGCCGCGGACCCGGCCGAGACGGACCCGCUGCGGCACCCGGACCUGUUCGGCGUGCGCCAGCUGGUGUCCGUGCCGGAGCUGAUGGAGGCGCGCGUCCACCUGGGGCACAAGGAAGGCUCGCUGAACCCGUACAUGGCCGAGUUCCUGGUGGGCUCGCGACUCGGGGUGUGCGUGUUCGACCUGGAGCGGACGGCCGAGCUGCUGCGGGACGCGCUCAACUUCACGGCGCACAUCGCCCACCGAGGCGGCAUCAUCAUGUUCGUCUCCCGCGCGCCGCAGCACGUGCACUUGGUGGAGCAGACAGCGAUGGCGUGCGGCGAGUUCUCGCACUGCCGCCACUGGCCGCCGGGCUUGUUCACGGACGCCACGGCCCGGUUUGGGGGCGUGACCCGCCUGCCCGACCUGAUCGUGCUGCUCAACACGCUAGACACGGUGCUCGAGCAGCACGUGGCCGUCCAGCACGCGGCCAAGAUGCUCAUUCCCACUGUGGGCGUGGUCGACUCGAACUGCGACCCGCGGCUAGUCACCUACCCGGUGCCGGGCAACGACGACAGUGGCGCCGCCGUGCGGCUCUACUGCAGACUGUUCGCCGAGGCGGUCCGCCGCGGCAAGAGCCAGCGCACGCAGGCGGAGGCGGCGUGAGGAGCGCCGCCGCCGCCGCUGGCCGACGGCGGCCGCCUCAGCUGUGGGCGGUGCGACUGCGCUGAUUGUCUCGUGCAGGUGCGGUCUGACGGGCGCUAGGAAACGGUGCGUGCGGCGGGCUUGUGCGGCGGUUCGGUGCGUGGGAGAUCCGAUGUCAUGGCCCGGACGUGUAUGUGUGUGUAGACUGGUUACACCGCGCUGUAGUGUAAACGAAGCUCGGACUGUACUGAUGUGCCUACGGCAGUAUGAGUUACGUGGGAGGUAAAAGAUGGCCAUGCUGUGCUUUGUCAAUGGAAGGAAGUGUGCUUCCUCCAGUUGUCAUUUUAGACCGUGCGCGCGUCUGACUGCCGUAGUCGGACGCCGAUGCCAGAGGUAGCAUACACAAGAUGACAUUCAGGUAUAUGCGUGCGAGUAAAUGUGAAUAGCCUUAGACCGGCCUGUCAAAGAAGACCUGAAGCGCAGCUUAGACACUCUCGAUUCGGCCGCUCGCCGAGCACAGAUUGUUGGACCAGAACACUCAGACCGUCAGACAGACCGUUGCUGUAUUUCGUGCGAACCCUUUGUGCCGUCCUGGGUUGCGGGCUUGUGAGUUCGCCUUUGACUUCAAUUACGGCAACGCGGGGCAAGUCAGGGUUCGAAUCAGCACGGCAAUGACAUUAGUCUGGAUAAACUCGAUUGAUAUCUAAUGUAACCCAGCAUUCUUCCUCAUAUAUGCAAGACGUUUUUAA